AUGCGCUACGAGAUGUUCUUUGCUGCCUUGUAUUCGGAGCAUUCUACACGAUGCAUCAGUGAUCUGUACGUCGCAGGCUCGAAAAACUUCUUCCCUGACGACAUAUUCGACUACCUCGUUGGAGCCGGCUACAGUCGAGAUGCUCUUGAACAUGUCAUCCCCGUGCUCCGAACACCAGCUGCCUUGUGUGUCGAGCGAGACCUGUUGACCUACUGCAGAGAGACAUGCAAGUAUGAGCCGAGGCUGUACAGGCAUGAGGCACUACCGGAAUGUAUCAUCAUCAAGCCGACGUACAAUGAGGAAGCAAGACUCUUCUCUUGA